AUGGGAAGUCUCUCACGACCCUGUGGCUUGGCAGCGAAGAGGCCUGAACUUGAUACAGCUGGCUUUUCUGGGGCCUGGGACUUGGAGAAGGAUGGCAGCGAGGGCACGGCUCGCAUGGAGAGCAAGUUGGAGAGGCAGCUGCAGGCAGGGCUGUGUCCUUUCCAAGAUGGGCUUUCUGCUCAGGCCUUUCGCUGUCCUGGCCACUCCUUUCCUUGCUCACAUGGACAGCGCCUAAGAGGAUUUAGAAUCAAGUGGGCACAUUUGCACUGCCUUGUUCUGAAGAGGCAGCUGGAGCUCGGACUGGCCUGGCGCGACCCACCGCGGGUCCCGGGGGACCGCAUUGUCCUCGAAGGGGCCGCCGCAGGGACUCCAUUGUGCGCGGGCCGGCCUUUUUCUCCUGCCCUCUGCCUCCCCGGCCGCCCCUCCGCCCCCGCCCCGCGCAGACGUUUCUCUCAAGCUGCCGCACCCCCGGCUGCCGCAUUUCCAAUGCGGGGAGCGGCGAGGCUCCGGGCUGGCCAUCUGCACGCGGAGAUUGACAGCGGCCCCGGAAGGAAGCAAAGAACAUACUUUGCAAAUGUUGGCUCUGAACAUGGAUGGAGUGGUACUGAAACAAGUACCGUGCAGACAUUACUUAACCCUUACAGGGGCCACUACCUAGGGAUCACCAAUUUGCUAAAGAUGAACAGAUUCUAAGAAGAUGCUUUUAAGGCAACAACCAAUUUUAACCCUGGACUGUGCAUCAGGUACCUCUUGGGUACGACCCCAAUGCCUUUGGUUGUCCUUUGUCCCUCAUUCCAGCCAUGGCUGCAGGUUCUGAGCAGCUUCCUGCUGGGGUCUUGCCUCAUGCCUUCGCCUCACACCUCUGCUGGAGCUUCCAGAGUCUGCCUUGGAGCUGCUCUGAGCCAUAGGUGGCCCAUGCAUUGCCCAACCCAGGAGUGAGCAAUGGAGUCUAAGUGCUAAUGGAUAAAUGUUUUCCUUUCUUCCCCCAGAUGGACAGCCCUGAAAAAUCUUUCAUGCAACCCCUUAGGCAGCCCAGAAAGAGCCAGGAACCAUUCGCCGGGAGCUGUGGCCGACUUCAUAACUCAUGCUUGUGUUGGUUUCCAUCCUGUCCUUCAUUCUUGUCUCUUACUCCUACU